GACUCCAGUGACACUGUGGAGGAGAGCUCAGAGCCAUGCAGAGCCACAGCACCAUCACUGUGUGAGCGUUUUACUGCCGCCGCUGCACGAAGAUGAUCCUGCUGCCUGGUCUGCUGUUCAUCCUCUGGGGAGAACCGGCUCGGUGCCUGGCGGAGGGUGGAGGCUUUGACUUUUACGGAGAGAUCCGCCAGUACGCCGUGGCCACCAACACGGUUUACGUCGCUACAGAGGAGAAGCUGUACCAGCUGAACCACGACCUGACUCUGGUCCGCAGUGUGACCCAGAGAGGAAUCAUAAAAAGUGGGGAACAUGUGUACGAUGCGCAGUUUCAUCGGGUUACUGAGACGGAUCAGUGGAACACAACUUUCAGAGUUAAUGUGUUAUUACCGUUUGUUGAAAAUGCCACUCUGAUCAGCUGUGGCGUGAUCGACAGAGGGUGCGGUGUGUGCGAGCUGCUGGACCUGGAGGACAUCUCCAGUGUGUUGCACAGGGAGCUCUUCUCGGUGGGGCCCCAGCGGCGCAACAGCAGCGCAUCUAUCGGCUUCCUGGUCAAUGUGGAGAAAACAAGGACCGAGACCGAGACUUACAUUCUGACUGCCAUACAGAAAGACGAAAAGAACCCCGAUAAGUCCUGUCCUUCUUCAGAAACUGUGAACCUUCAUAAUACGAACAACAACCAGACGGCAUUCAUAUUUUCCUAUUCUGGCGAUGGAUAUAACACGAUCAAUGCCGUAGAUGAUGUGGAGUUUGUGGAUGGAUUUCAGCUUGGUUCUAUCAUUUAUCUUUUCUCCAACCUGCCCCAAAAUAACAAAGUCCGUCUCAUUUGGCUCGAGGGAAAAACCAGCAAAAUCCAAACUUUCAGGUCACUGCGGGGCGCGACUCUCAGCAUCUCUGACGGCGGUGGAGGCAGCAGACUCGAGGCCUCCUCGGUGGUCCCGGGUGGUCCGCCGGUUCUGUGGAGCGGCGUGUUCAGUGUGGACGGAGGACGAACCAACACUGAGCUGGUGCUGUUUGACAUCAGUCCUGAUCUCACCGGAGACAAAGACAAAGAUCCGGACUUCUGCACCAAGUCAAGCUGCACUGACAGGAUAACACCACAGCCGAAGACACUGAAGCCGAAGAAGGUGCUCUUCAGGCAGAACUACAUGACCUCUGUGCUGGCUGUGAGACAGAAGACCUGGUUAGUUUUCUUCAUUGGGACGGGAGAUGGGCAGCUCAUAAAGCUUGCUGUGGACAAGAACUAUCACACCACCUGUCCCAGGGUGCUCUACAGGGCCAACGAUGACCGCAAAGUGCUUCCCAAAAUGCAUCUGGAUCCAGUGGAUCAUAAACAUGUGUAUGUGCCAUUUCAAAAGCAGAUUAAGCGUGUAGCUGUGUCAAACUGCAGCACAUACACAAAUGUGCAGGACUGUUGGUCUGCACAGGAUCCAUACUGUGUCUGGUGCAGCUCUAAAAGAAGUUGCAUAUUUGAAGAUGACUGCCAAGACUCAGACUGGUUGUCCAUUCCUGAUGACUCUCAACAGAAAAUGAUUUCCCAUAAAGUUGUCAAGGACAACACUGGACAGAUCACUCUUACAAUCCAGACACACGUGACUGCAGGUUCUGAGGCGCUCGCUAACUUCGCCUGUCAGUUCUCCACAAGUUCCAGUCAGCUUUGUACCGGGAACAACCCUCCUCCACAGUUCCCACAAUGCACCUGCAUCCUUAUAAACAGCAUACUUCCUGCUGAUGGUAUGCAUGUCAAAGUUAAGAUUAGACUUGGAAAGACACCAUUGACUGAGGAACUAAAGCUAACCAACUGUGCUGACAUCACUGGACCACCAACCUCUGUCCUGUGUCGGCAGUGUAUUGAGGCUGGAUGUGGCUGGAACAUAAACCACUGUUCUUGGGCAAAUCAAGGAGAGAGGAAUGACAAUCUUUGCCAAAAGUUGGAUUCAGGGAUGAACAUUUCUAGACCAGAGAUCUCCUCCAUCACUCCCAGUGUCAUAUCUUUCUACGGCAAAAACCACGCGGUGUUGUCCGGUCUUAACCUUCAUGAUGUGACCAGAGUGAGGCUCCAGGCAGACAUGGACUGCACUCCACAAGAAUCUCCUGUGUGGAGCAACACUGGUGAGAGUCUGACGUUCCACAUUCCCAGUGCCGAUAAUAAAGGCGUGGUCAAAGUGUGUGUUGUCCUCCCGGAUGGUAGUUGCCAUGGAAGCGCUACUAUCACCUACCGGUCAUCACCAUCCUGCACCGACUUUACACCAGACACCUCAUGGAUCAGUGGGAAGAGAGAGAUCACAGUCACUGGAUCCCACCUGGACUUUGUUGAAGGGGUUGUACACGACCACGCCCCAGACGAAGUCAGAUCGCCCAAAUCCAACAACUCUCAGAAUCUAACCUACGACACACCUGCAGCUAAAACUAAUGGGGUUUUUAUGAGCCAUGUGUCACUGAAGGUAGCCAAUCAAACCUUGGCCUGCUCCCCAACAAUAAUCUACCAUCCCGACCCUGAGUUCAUUAGCUUUACAGCUGUAAGGACAGGGGACAAUGUUCGCGUCACGAUACAGAAAAAGGCAGACAAACUGAACAUGAAGAUGACAGAGAUUGAAGUAUGGGGUUUUCUGGAUGAAAAACAAUAUCGCUGCAUCAUGGAGAAGUUAGAAUCCAGUAAUAACACUGACUCUUUCACCUGUGAGAUUCCCAAGCAACCUGAUGCUAAAUUUCAGAAGUUACUGAUAAAGUUUGGUGACAAGACAGUAACACUAGGGCCUCCAUCUCUAGUACAUCAGGUCAUACUGAUACUGCGUAUCCUGUUGAUACCCUGUGUUAUUUUUGUGUUGGUGAUCAUCUGUCGAUGGCAAAAGAAGCUCACUGAUGAGAUGAACAACCAUUAGAGGGGAACCUGGGGAACUUUUUUUUGCAGCCCCAUUAUCAGAAUGAAUGUCAUUCGUCUGGUUAUAUGUGUUCUUCCUUGAUGUCCAUUGCUCCAGUUGCAGGUUACUGCAGUGAAGUUCACUCUUUUGUCUCCUUUGUCAAGGGAAGCAAUCUUAAAUGUACAGUGAGUGUAUGAGGGCUUCCUGCAGUGUUUAGUUUUGGGCUUAACAUGUCUUGCAACAAUCAGCUGCUUUAUUGUUUUACUUUAUGUUGGUGCCCAUGUAAAAAGAUUCUGUGGCUAUUGUUGGUGAAUACCCUUUACCUCAACGUUACCAAGUAGACUAAUAAUUUUAAGUUGUUGAAAUGUUUUUGCUCGUACAACUUAGAUUUAGUAGUCAGCUUUGAUUGAAAUAUUUAUUUUCAGACCAUUAAAAAAAAUAAACCAACAAAAGACUAGCACAUAAAAAAAACAGGCAAUAAUAAUUACAAGUGUGAAUUUAUCUAAUCCCAUCCCCUCUCCAUUAAUCUUCAGAUAAUAAUUUUAUCAUAGGCUUCCUCAUUUAAUUAAACUUAAUUUUUAACUUAUGAAUACCUACCUACAUACAUACAUAAAUACAUACAUACAUACUUACAUAAUAUAUACUGGUCAUUCUGUGGUUAAAAUUUACAGUGUACCUACAAUCACUCUAAAUAUUGUUUAAACCUACUCGAGGCUGUAACUUCUUAUAUACUGUAUAUAUAUUUGAGGAUAGUAUCAAUCUUCUCUCCCAAAUCCCCCCCAGAAAGCAAAUAAGGCUGAAGCAAAUAACAGGCUGUUGAGUCUCUCUCUGAUAUGAAACCCUGUACAUACAGCCAGGCUACACAUCAAGUAAUGGUAUUCUGGGUGGAAGAGUAUUACUGAAGAACAAUUAAAACAUAAGCUAAUGAAGUUCUGCCCGUUUGGGUGUGAGCACAAUUAAAAGUCAAUAUAUGAGACGGAAUGUAUUUUUCCAACAGAGUGAAAGUGCCAUAAGUAGUUUGAAUUUUUCAUAAGUAGCUUUUGUGUGAGGACAUGUAGAAUAUGCAUGUUAGUCUCCUGUCUGCACCCUGUAAUUAUUUCAUAUGUAUUUUAUGUCCCAGUAUAAAUUAUUUUUGGGACCCCUAAAUGCAGAUGUGUUCCCUGCUGUUUCUGUGUAAGCUUUUGCUUGUAUCUGUCAAUAACUAGCCAGUAGACCUUUUUCUGUGUUAAAAUAUUCGUUCCGACAAAGUGAAAAAAACAGUGGCUUCAUCCAUUGGAAGGAAUUGUAGAAUUGUUGUAAAUUUACAUUUUAAGGGUAUUUAGCAGAUGCUUUUGUCCAAAGCGACUUACAGUAAUUCAUACAUACAUUCCUACACUGAUGGCGUUGGCUGCCAUUCAAGGUGCCGACCAGCACAUCAGGAACAGUUUGAGGUUCAGGACACUUCAACAUGCAGACCAGGGGAACUGAACCAGCAAUAUAUUUUCCAUAUACUGCCCUUAUUUUUACAUAUUUUACACUUAUUUUUCAUAUUGUUCAUCUCUGUCAAUUAAUAAAAAUUGAAGUUUUUCAUAAAAA